GCCAGGAAGUUGUGUAUGUGUGCCGUGUAUGUCUCCCACCCACCCUCAUUUCCAGGUUUCUCUCUGGUCGCCGCGUGUUUUUUUCGUGGAGGAGGAACAGCUCGCCCCCAAGAGUUGGAACCCCUUUUAAGAUGUCCCGAGUAUUUAACCCUGGUGUUGUACAUACCAUCUUGGUCUUUUAUCACUUCAUCAAAACAUCAUAAGAUAACUCAGACCAUAUCAACCAGCCAUGCCCAAGGUAGAGGAAUACCGUCUUCACCCCUGGGGUUGGGAGAACGACCCUGAACAAGAAAGUAUUCGACUCUCUACUCUUGACUAUUUAGCCGCCUGUGUUUAUAAUAACUACGCCCUAUUCUUUAAGUUAGAUGACGAAGUAGACAAAAACAAAAUCGGCGCAGCCAUAAAGGAAGGCCUUGAGCGGACACUCGCUCAAGCCAGGCACCUCGUGGGCACCAUUGAGAAGAACCAGUACGGAGACCACUCCUUCAUCAAAAAGAAGGACAGCACCGUGGGUUUUUCUAUUCAGCAUCUUGACGCGCCGGAAGAUAAAUUCCCUUCAUUCUCCGAUCUUGAGAAGUCCAACUUCCUUUCGUCAAAGCUAGGAGAUAGAAUCCAGCUUCUGAGCUGGCAUGGACUUACCUAUGGAGAGCGGCCCGAAUGCCAUCCGGAUGCUAGCCCAUUUGUCUCGGCGUUCCAAGCAAACUUCAUCCCGGGUGGACUAAUUCUCAACAUGCAUUCCCACCACUAUGCCAACGACGUGAUGGGUUGGGCAAGCUUAGCUCACCAACUUGCCGACAACUGUGCUUCUGUCUACAACCGGACCGACGCUCCCAGUUGGGAUAUGCAGUGCGUCCACCAUACACGAUUCAUUGCACCAGAGGUUGCCGAAAAGUCUAAGGUGGACGGCCCGCCUGCGCCUAGCCGAUACCCCCACCCACCAUCAGCAGCCCUCCUACUCCACUUACCUAAGAGUAAGGCUGCAGAGCUCAAGAAGCUUGCCACCCCUACUGACGGCUCAUGGAUAUCGACAUACGACGCCUCUUCGGCCUUCCUAUGGCGAUAUCUCUCUAAGCAUCGCGCGACCCUCUACCAGUUAGACCCCAAUGAGUCAAGCUUGUGGGGUGAGGCUAUCAACAUGAGGCCGCGACUUAAUCCUCCCGAGCCACAAAGGAUCCAGAGGAACGUUUUCUUUGCAAGCUUGUCAGCGACCGCUCCGGUUAAGUUAACCAAUGCUGAGGUUAUCUCAGAGGCACCCUUAUCUACCCUUGCCUCUUACAUCCGCGGCCUAACCAACAGUAUGACGCAAGAGGCUCUAGGCAAAGUGCUAGAAUCGGUGGCGCCUAUUCGUGAUAAAACUUCACUUUUCAUUCGGAUUGAUUCAUUCCCACCCCUAACCAUCAUCAUGACGGAUUGGCGUGACACCAAGAUCUGCGAAGCCGACUUUGGCUUUGCCCAACCGAAGGCAUUCCGACAUCUGUUCGGGAGGAAAGUCGACGAGGGAUUGGCUAUCAUCUACCCGCCUCGAGCUACCGGGGACCCCGAUGAAGGAUGCGAGUUCAUGGUUCCAUUCGAGCAAGAGUUGGUCAAACAGUUGAUCGACGAUCCGGAAUUCAGCCAAUACUUUGAACUGAGGGGUUUUGAGACCGAAACACCAAAGGAGGUGGUUGACGCCGUGUUGGAGAAGAUUUGCUAAGGCUUGCGCUAUGGGGGUUUGAGAUCGUGUACCUAUUCAUGCUUGUUGUAGUAAUAUCUAGGGAAUGUAUAUUGAUUCUGAAUGAGGAAAUAGACAAAUUGUUUCGAUACUACAUAGG